AUGCUUAUGCAGAUUGGACAUCUCAAUGAUGAGCGGGCUCCAUACGCCGCUCGUGGGGACAACAUUGACUCUCAGGUACAUUACCUAAGUAUGGGAGGUACAUACCUACAUGUAGGUACAGGCAAUGAAUCUCCAGAGUCACCGGGAAAGCUGGAAUCGUGCUUUCCACCGACGAAUAUCGGAGACUCGUUUCACCUCGCUCAGAUCCCGAGCAUUAUUCCUUCAAGAUUCCACCAUCGUCACUUUCCCGCUUGUGACAGUCGUUCACCGACCAACGAACUGCGGAAGCAUGCUUAUGCUUGCACGCGCAUAAUUAUGGAUUCAGGAUUACAGACCGACUGUUUUGGGGCGACACCUGCAACACCAGCUGCUGCCGGAACCUUAGCGGGAGCAAGCCAUCAUCCGGCACGUAGAAGCGCAUACAUGCACGUACGAAGCACCCGAGCCCUCACAACGAAUGCUGAGCUACGCAGAAACAAGCCUUUCGUCGAUACCGAUCCUGGUCGAGAUGCACGACCGCUCUCGUCGGAACUGGGCCUAAGAGAUCGAAGCGCGGGCACACGCCUUUGCACCAUUACGGAGCAACAAAGCAUACCGACGCUGAAGACCAUCCCCUCCACCCGCACGUUUCAGCGACGGCUCGCAUCUCCCGAGCCUCAGCUCCGCCGGGAGAGGAGCGCGGCGCCAGCGGUCCAGCGACGGCGCCGUCUCUCGGCCGACGACAUCUUGGCCAAGGUUUUUCUCAGAAGCAGCUCUGCAGACCUGCCUGACAUACCGAGACGGGCAGAACCUCUGUAUGACCCACCUCAUCGUCGGCAUACGCCUCCCGGUUUCCCGAGAUGGCCUGGCGAGAACGAAACGAGUGCUCGAUCUGAUGGUCUCCGUCGACCGAUAUCCAACUGGCCUUUGCUGAUGCAGUGGCUGCGCGCGCACACUCGUAUAUGUGCACCUCAGGAUUGGCAGCAACAGCACUUGCUUCGUGAGAUCGCGUGGAACAGAUCCAGACCGAGCGGCGAGCGGCAUUGGAGACCACCCAGGAGCGCUCACUCCACGCAUCGCUUCGCAGACCUCUCAUCUCAUCCGUUCGCAUCUGCUCCACCAGGCCAUGUUGCCCUGACGCAGUCCCAGCGAAGCCUACGAUACGCGAGCGAGAAUCAUGUUCCUGUCACACCCACAAGAGCCCAAGCGAGAUUAGCCCAGCGAUCAGCACCCUUACCAUCCAACCUUUAUUCGAGUUCCUCUUCAGGGAGAUCUUUGAGGACACUGGCAUUACAUGGAACCGUGCAGCAGGGCAAUGAGAUACCUGCACAAUCUACGCCGAAGCUAUGCAAGCAUCAGCUUAGCAAGCUGAAGAAUACCCAGGCCAUAUCGUCCCCCGUCUUGCUCGCUCACCAUGGCCAGUCUGUGUCAUCUCUUGAUGGCUCUCUUGAUGGCACAUCACCUGAGAUCGCACUUCACGAAAUCUCACCAAUAGCGAUACGAGACCAUGCAGCUCUCCAUGUGCCGUCGACGGUUAGUGACUCUCGCCCAGUUCUGCGGCUGCAGUCAGAUUCUGAUGAGCCACCUUCGCCGACCACCCGGGUACUGGGCUCUUCGCCAAACGAAGCAGAUGAUGCCACUUUCGAUGUGCAUCCUGACCACCCCAUGCCUGGAAUCACACACGCCACGACAUUCUCGACCGACGUGUCCUGCGACACCAUGACAGAUCCCCAGGGUCGCGCAUAG